AUAUAUAUAUAUGUGUGCUGAGUUUUGUUUUAUGUGUCAGUUUUCUGAUACAUUGUUAAUUGUCUGCCAGGCUGUAUCACUGUGAUCUCACAGAGGAAGCCUGUAAAGUUCUGUCCUCAUUUCUCAGUUCAAACUCCUCCAGUCUGAGAGAACUGGACCUGAGUAUGAAUAAGCUGCAGGAUUCAGGAGUGAAGCUGCUCUCUGCUGGACUGGAGAAUCCACACUGUACACUGGAGAUACUGAGGUUGGUAGGCUGCAGUAUUACAGGUGAAGGUUGUGCUGCUCUGGUUUCAGCUCUGAGGUCAAACACCUCAUCACACCUGAGAGAACUGAAUCUGAACUACAAUGAACCAGGAGAAUCAGGAGUGAAGCUGCUCUCUGAUCUACUGAAGGAUCCACACUGUAAACUGGAGACACUACAAUAUGAACAGCAGAGUUCCUGAUGUGACUGGAGUCUCAUACAGCAUAUGAUGAGGAUAAACUCUUACAGUUCAAAGCUCAGAUUGUGUACAACAUAUCAGGACUUCUACUUCUCUAGUUGUUUGUGAAAAUGCUCCAUCUGAGAAAUAUAAACUUCAACAGAAUAGUCAUAAAUCUUGUGAAAGAGUAAAAAAGAGCAUCACAGCAUACUGUGCUUGGCGCUGUAGAUAAGUUAAGGUGCCCAUGCUAAAAAAUGCAACACUCCUACAAUAAACAAAUGAACACCAGAA